CUGCUGGCCGAAAACGUUUUUUCCCACCCCUGCGUUGUUCUUCGUCGCCAAUGUCAAAUUAAUGGCAAAGGUGUCGCUUACCACACGAUGCCGUUCACGUUGAUUCCGGUCAUGUUUAACCUGCAGCACAACCAGGGCGUGCUUUGUUUGUGGAAGGGCGUAUUUGGCGGAGUUGGCCUGACGUGCAUGUACAUGGUACUUGACAAGCUGUUGUCUGAUUUUACCGGGUUACCGAGGGAGUUGGUGCGAAUGAAGAAGUCAAAAACCUUAAUUGAAGAAUUUUUCCCAGAUCUAUUUGCCGCAUUUACUUCCUACCUGCUGGCUGAUGCUGUGCUCUAUCCAGCGGAAACGGUUCUUCAUCGUUUGUAUAUUCAAGGUAUACUUGGAUUUUACCGAGGCUUCGGCGCUUUGAUUCUGCAGUACCUCUUACACUUCGCUGUUCUGCAUAUGUUGCGCGUUGUUCUGGAGCAACUUGAAAACAGUUUCAACAAGGACGUCCCUCCUGUGCCAAAGCGACACCCUACGCCCGACCCGCUGUUUUCACCGCCUUCGUCGUUAUCAUCAUCAUAG